GUGAUGCCGUUUGAGGAAGCGCAAAUGUAACCUAAAGCCUUUUAGGUGAGGGAAGCUUUUCUUUCUAAGCCGCUCUGUGUGCCUGCUGGUGCAGGAGGGAGCAUGGAUAGGGAUGCUUUUCCUUUGACUGGAGCACUGUGUGGAUUUGUAGAGCAGGCGUGGAGACUGAACUGAGGAGAGGGACCUAGGCACCUCCACUAACCUCACUUUUUCACCCUAAAAUACUUUAGUUUGUUGUUUCACAUUUUCAAAAGGAGUAUAAUAUAUAUUUUUUCACCAGUCAUGGGGAAAGAGGAGUGUAAAACAAUGCUGGAUGCUUUGAACAAAGUCACAGCCUGCUACAGGCACCUGGUCAUCGCUCUGGGAAGCACAUCAGAUUCCCAGAACCUUCGCGAGGAGCUGAAGAAGACCCGCAAAAAAGCUCAGGAGCUGGCUGUGGCCAACAGGACUAAACUGACCACCCUGCUCAAAGACAAAACCAUCAGCACAGAGGACCGAGCGGAGUACGAGCGCCUGUGGGUACUGUUCUCCAGCAGCAUGGAGCUUCUGGAGGUGGACAUGAAGAGAUCCUUGGAGAUAGGGCAGGACUUUCCGCUUAAAGUGCCCACCAGGCACCUCAUCCAGACGGGCAUGACUGGCAGCACCAAUGCGGUGGCCGCCCGGGCCAUGAGCGUCCAGAACAUGAAGUAUGAGGCGGACAGUAACAUCGACACGGCGGACCUAAGGGACCUGCAGAGCGAGAUCACCCAGGUGAGCCAGAUGAUGGAGGAGAUGGAGAUGAAGGUUCAGGUGGCACCAUGGGCGGUGGUGGCCAAACAGGAAGCGGGCGCGGAGCUCAAAUCCAACAUGAGUGUGGGGAACUCUUCCGUGGGUGUGAUCUCCAUCUGCGAAGAGGAGCCCAAAGAUGAUGAAGGUGGAAAUGGCAGGGAGGGGAGCUCUGCGUCCAUUGGCGCCGUGGUGGUGUUCUUCAUCAUCGUAGCUGUCGCUCUGGUCCUGGGAUACUUAGUUGUCAAUAUGUAGGGAUCUAUCUGAGCAAGAAGGACACCUUCUUCCACAGUAGGAAGCCGUGUGAAAAGGCAAGAGCUUCACAAGACAGAGAGGGAGGUCUUGGAGCAGUGAAAAAAAAUAUUACCCAAAGUUAUAAAUCUUAUGGAUUUGUGAAUGUAUUUGAUGGAGCAAAGGAGUUGCACUUAAUAGAACAUAGACUAGUACAUUAAAGUCAGUGUGCCCAUGAGAGAGAAUGGCCACGAGUCCUUAAAGCCGUUUGGAGGGGGAAUAGGUCAAGUAUUUUUGGAGGAGUGGAAAAAAAAAAUAGUCAAAAAUUACGUGAUAGUGUCUGGCCAUCAAGGGGAUAUACACCACACGUAAUCCAAAUGGAUUAGUGGAAAAGCUCAAGCGUAAAUGUUGGCGAUGGUUAAGUAUCCCCGGUGAUGUCCAUCUGACUGAUGCUUUAAAGUCUCACUUUCAUCCAGAAGAAUCAGAUGUGUCCAAACAACAGGAGAAACAUCUACUCUAAAAAUACGGUUCAUGUUUUAUAUGCCUUUGGAAACUAGAGCCAGCAGUUAAUCCCAACUCAUCACUUUGGUAGGGUGUGCACAAAUCCGCACUGUUCCACACUCCUGUCAGCACAAUUUUAAUGCAUCAUAAUAAUCUCUGCAACCGCACUGUAAUGGACCUGCGUCUCACUCAACUCGAUCAAAUUUCAGCGGCUGCAUGAGGAGGAUGAGAUGUGCACUGUCAUUUGUUAUUGCACCUUUUCACUGUUAAGCCAGUUCUUUCUAUUCAGGGUUUUCUUGCAGUUUUGAAUGUAAAAACAUUACAUGUGAAUGGAAGAUUUGUACAUACAGUCCAUACUGCAGUUUCAGGUCAUGUAAAUAUAAUCUAGUAUAUUUAUUAUAAUAAAAUUUUGAAACUCACUUGAGAAUGUGUUUUAAGUUCAAAUAGAUCUGGUGCUACACAUCUAUGUGCAUUGUAUCUAUGCCAUGUGACAAUGCCUUGUUGCCUUUGACAUAAAUCUUAUCACUGCUGGUUGGGACAAAUGUCAGAUCCAGUGGGUCUUCACUACAAAGCUGGAGAUACAUACAUCUAAUGCCCUUAGUGGUAUUUCAAGCAGGGGAUUAGUCCCAGACUUAACAACCUUAGUGUUAAAUUAUCGUUAAAGGAGAGUGACACAGAUGCUCCUUCAGCUCCUUAAUAGUUUUAAAUGUAAGAGUCUUUGCAGAUAUUUUUGGACUGGCACGAA